AUGGCAAAGAAGCAGUUUGAAGAUCUUCCUGAGGACGUCAAGGGACUCAUAGUUGAGAAGGUCCUCCGCCCCACCGACCUCGUCAACCUCUGCCUGGUCAACAAACAACUGCACACUCUCGCCGUGAAACCACUAUGUCGGACCGUUCACCUCGAACUGGGCUCACCCAGCGACUCUCGCCUCUCCGCCUUCUUCAGCCCGAAGAACAUCGGCCUCCCGUACAUACGAUCGAUAUGGCUCCACUCGGCCCAUACAAAGAAAGGAUCUGGACUGAUACAGCAAGCAAAGCUUAUGUUACGCAUGCUGCUAGAGUUCCUGCCGGAGAAUAUCCUUGAGGAGCUGAGGAGUGAGGUGCCGGAACUUCAGGAGAUCAACUGGUGUGCCUGGCCUGCGCUCAGCGCCGAGAAUGUGCUCAUGCUUUACCACAAACAGCGGAAGAUGAAGUGGUUAGAGGCCAUGGAGCUCGACCGCAACGUCCUGCCGGUUCUGCAGAAGCACGAAGGGUUGCGGAAGGACAUGUUUGCCAGUGCUCGGAACCUGCGUUUAUUCUUAGGGACCUGGGCCAUUCUGAACCUCGGCGGCUUCCUGGUCACCAAUAUGAAGGACACUCUGGAAACACUGAUCGUCCACUGCAACUUCGAUCAGAUUCAGGACACCGGCCGUCGGUCUACAACUCGGAAUCUGAACGACAGUGCCACCGCACCUGGUCUGUUGACACGCACCAUCUUCAGUUCGAUGCUGCCGUUCGACAAGUGCGAACCGUUGCAGAAUCUGACUAGACUGGAUCUGCACUGUGUCGGAUUGCGCUUCUGUGAGGAGACGUGGUGCAAAGUCAUCAACUUCAGGAGCUUGAAGGAGCUCAGCAUAUACUUCUGCUCUGCAGCAGAUAGUCUACUCGCCAGGCUUAGCACGAUGGCACACCUGCCUACUGCACUGAAGUCACUCACCCUUCACCACUCAGAUAACGAUGAGCAUGAGGCCUUGACCGCGCUAGAUGGCCUUCUCCACCUCAUCAAUGGUCUCGAAACGCUCAUCAUCGACAUGUGCGGAGUGGAUGCCCUCCCAGCCGCCCGGGGCAUCACACGCCAGAAGACCAGUCUGCGUAUCCUCUCGGUCCACUGUGUAGAAAUCGGACCAGACCGAGAAGACGAUACCACAAGCGGCCGGGAACUAGUCUACUCCAACGGCGACUUCCUCAAAAUCUGCAAGGCGAACGCAUCACUGAUCGAGCUCUCCUGCGCCUGGCCAGCCGCCAGCUUGCUUAGCGACACAAACGGCGACUGGGUACAAUGGGAAAUCGCCUGCUCCUUCCUCCGUCACCUCGUGACCCUCCAUCUCUCCACCUGGCCCAGCACAAACAGCCUCAAGAAGGUCGUAUUCCUACCGCGCAACAUCUACGACUCGCUCCUCCGCUGCUUCGCACAAAGCCUCCUCGUCGAAUUCAACCGCCCGGCCCCGCCCGUAUUCGAAGACGACAGCGACCCGGAGCAAACCGCGGCUCGCGAAGCCAAACUCCUCGCUCAACCCUCCCACCUCCGCGUCAUCGCCUUCGGCGUCCACCACAACGUCUUCGAGAGGCGGGAGUCGAAGAACAUGAUCUGCUUCCUGCGCAGCACAUCUCGUGAUGCUGAAGGGCGGGAGCAGACGUUCGCUGCGACGCUGAACUGCUGUUUGAGGAAGUUUGUUGAGCCGCGGAGUACGGUGCUGGAGAUCCCUUCGGAGAUCCGGACGGAUGUGCGGGCGCCGGGGGAGGAGGAGGAGCGAGCGCCUAGGAUUUUUGGGUGGGGGGAUGAUGAGUAG